GAGCGGGACGCAGCCCGUGCACGGCUUUUAAAGCGUACUGAUUUGGUAACGAGCUGUGUUAGCUAACCUCCAUAUCGAGAAAAAACAGGAUUUAAACUACCUUUUUUUUAUUUAUAAAAUUUCUAUUUAGGAAGGAUUUCCGGAAUAAUGUGGUUUGCUGACACGACAGUGGGAUAGAUGUGUUCGCGUUGUUUUUGUCGCCUUUUUAUUUAGUCGCUUGGGGAUCUCUGUGCUCCAGGAACUCGGGAAGUCUGCUCUGACAUUCCCUCUCUCCUGCUCUUCCUCUGCUUUUGCCGCAGUAAGUCUGGAGUUUAUGGGAAGAACCCUGAAAACACAAUGUACCAGUUCAGGAACAGUGAACGCGCCCCUGCUAGUCGUUUCGCGCACAGAUGUUGCUGAAGGUUGCGUCGAGUGAGGAGGAAAUGGCAACCGCACUCGGUGGCCGGAGUGUGGGCGCGCGCGCCCCGAACCCCAGGAAAGGGCGCAUUUUGGGAAUAAUCGACGCCAUUCACGACGCGGUGGGACCCCCGAAACAGGCCGCGGCUGACCGGCGAGCUGUUGAAAAAACAUGGAAACUCAUGGACAAAGUGGUGAGGCUGUGUCAGAAUCCCAGGCUGCAGCUGAAAAACAGCCCUCCUUACAUCCUGGAUAUCCUGCCAGACACGUACCAGCACCUGAGGAUGAUCCUGUGCAAAUACGAGGAGAACCAGAAGCUCGCACAGCUCAGCGAGAACGACUACUUUAAAGUCUACAUCGACAGCCUGAUGAAGAAAUCGAAAAGGGCAAUCCGUCUCUUUAAAGAGGGCAAGGAGAGGAUGUAUGAGGAGCAGUCCCAGGACAGACGAAACCUCACCAAGCUGUCACUCAUCUUCAGCCACAUGCUGGCCGAGAUUAAGGCCAUCUUCCCCGAAGGCCAGUUUCAGGGAGACACGUUUCGCAUCACCAAGGCCGACGCAGCCGAGUUCUGGAGGAGGUUUUUCAGUGAAAAGACAAUAGUGCCAUGGAAAGUGUUUCGUCAGUGCCUUCACGAGAUGCAUCCCAUCAGCUCAGGCUUGGAGGCCAUGGCCCUCAAAUCCACCAUCGACCUCACCUGCAACGACUACAUCUCAGUCUUCGAGUUUGACAUUUUUACACGUCUAUUCCAGCCCUGGGGAUCAAUCCUAAGGAACUGGAACUUCUUGGCAGUGACUCACCCGGGCUACAUGGCGUUCCUGACGUACGACGAGGUGAAGGCGCGUCUGCAAAAGUACAUCAACAAGCCGGGCAGUUACAUCUUUCGGCUGAGCUGCACACGUCUGGGCCAGUGGGCCAUCGGCUAUGUCACUGGUGAUGGGAACAUCCUGCAGACCAUCCCCCACAACAAACCGCUCUUCCAGGCACUCAUCGAUGGCUGCCGGGAAGGCUUUUAUCUGUUUCCUGACGGUCGCAGUUAUAACCCAGACCUGACUGGCCUCUGUGAACCCACCCCACAUGACCACAUUAAAGUCACACAGGAGCAGUACGAGCUGUACUGUGAGAUGGGCUCUACGUUUCAGCUGUGCAAAAUCUGUGCAGAGAAUGAUAAAGACGUGAAGAUCGAGCCAUGCGGGCACCUGAUGUGCACUUCCUGUCUCACAGCGUGGCAGGAGUCAGAUGGUCAGGGCUGUCCCUUCUGUCGCUGUGAGAUCAAGGGCACAGAGCCAAUUAUCGUGGACCCGUUUGACCCCAGGAAUGAAGGCGCCAAGUGCUUCUUUUUGGAGCAGUUUAACUCACCCAUGCUAGAUCUGGACGACGACGACGAUCGAGAUGAUUCUUUAGUGAUGAAUGGCCUGACCUCCAUCAGAAAGUGCACAGAGCUUCAGAACUCCCCCAUCAUUUCUCCCAGCUCUUCUCCUGUAAGCCAGCGUAGGAAACCCAUGGCAGAUCAUGCAGGUGUUCAGCAUCUGGGUCUGCCUCCAGUACCACCCCGCCUCGACCUCAUCCAGAAGGGCGUGAUCCGCUCACCUGCUGCCAGCCCCACCGGCUCACCUAAGGGCUCACCAGGUGCAUCCAGGAAACAGGACAAGCCGUUACCGCCUCCUCCACCUCCUCAGAGAGACCCUCCUCCUCCACCUCCUCCUGAACGCCCUCCUCCCAUCCCUCCCGAGAGCAGAGCCGCCUGGCUGGCAGUGCCUUCCUCCUCCUCCUCCUCCUCCUCCUCCUCCUCAGGGCUUCCCCGUGACUUGUCUCUGCCCUCAGACGCCUGGAGCCCAAAAGACUGCAGUCACCUGGCAGAGAGCAGAGCAGGAGUAGAGCGUUCACCCAAACUCGCCCACGUUGCUCCUUCUCACCUCAACGGGAGACCCCUGAGCUGCGGUGCUAUUGGCUAUAGACCAGAUACACACACGGACUGUAGCAAGCUCACUAACGGCCUGCUAACCUCUGAGAGGUAUGAUGUUCCCCCACAACGACAUUCCCCUCCUCCACCUUCCCUCUCUAGCACAAACAACCAGAGGUUUUCGAACCCAUUCAGCAGCAUGUGCUUGGAGAGAUCUCGGGUAACAGACAGGAUGGAGGAUGAGUAUCAGAUUCCCUCCUCGCACCCUGUGUGCAUCACACAACCUCCUGUGUGCAUCUCUGUCCACAUUCCUAACAGGGCUUCAGAGAACUCGUCAGAUCUGAGCUCAGAAGAGAAGAGGCUGAAAGCUCCAGACCACGGUGGGUUUGACUCGGGUGUGUCCGUUUCGGGUGUGGUUCCCGCCACACAUUGUCCCCUCCACAACAACCGGACUCCCGCAGACUACGACAUCCUUCUACCCCCACAAGCCUUGCCAGCAGAAGAUCCUUUUAACACAGCACCUCCAUCACAGCCUCCUCCUCCACCCCCUGUUAGACACAGCUUCCCAGAUGCCUCCUGCUCCUCCUCAUCGUCUCCAUCCUGCCCCAGAGCGGCUCGGCCCUCAUCCGGACACUUCCUCCUCAGCUCAGAUGCUUUCCUGGACGUUCUGAGCAGUUCUGCCCCUCUCCCACCUGUUCGGAGACAGACAGGGGAAAGUGCUGUCCGAAACUCGCAAGAAUACGACCAGCUUCCUCCUACAUCACUGGCCGGAGAUGGUCUGCAGGCACCCGCGAGACCGCCUAAGCCCUUUCCUCGCAAGACCCCUCCAGAGAUCCUGCAUCGGAGACCCCCCGAGUACUCGCACGAGAACGUGGACGCCAAAAUCGCCAAGCUGAUGGGCGAGGGCUACUCGUUCGACGAUGUCAAGAGAGCGCUGAUGAUAGCUCAGAAUAAAGUGGACGUAGCGCGCAACAUUUUGCGCGAGUUUGCCCUGGUGGCACCAAGACUGAACCUGUAGCCAAAUGCCCUCCGUCCUCCGUCUGACUCAACAUAGGCGCCAGACGGGCAGCAUGCAGGGUGACUCCCCUACUGACCUGGCUCAUAUUACAGGCAUCCGGCAGAGUCUGGGACUUGGAGAGAGAGAGAGAGACAUUGGGCAUGGUGCCCAGCCAGGCUCGGGGAGGAAAGUAAAGGGGUCAGAACGUGGAACCUGUGAAAAAAAAAAAAAAAAAAAAAAAAGCCUUGUGUUUACAGUGCUGUGCCGCGUGGUGGCUUUAAUGCUGCUGCUACUCUCUGCUCAGUGCCACUCUGUUUUGCUCCGUUUAGUAGAGGAGCUGCAAAUCUGUUCAUACAGCUCAUAUUUUGCUGCAGACUGCUGCAUAUCCCAGUAGGACUGGAAUCGACUGAAUUAAAAUUGAAAUUGAAUUGAACUCUGUCCUGACUGUUGAUGUUGCCAGUUUGUUGCAGGCUGUUGUUGCCUCUCCUGCCAGCUGUGCUGUUGCUGCUGCAAGCCUUAGUCUAACACACACACACACACACACACACACACAUGCACCUUUGUAGUUCGGUCUAAAUCGUCUGUUGUUUUCAUGGUGAUCAGUUGAAUCUUAAAUUGCACCUCGUGGGGUGUGUGUGUGUGUGUGUGUGUGUGUGUGUGUGUGCUUUGCUUUUACGACUGCUCCCUCCCUCUGAGUGAAGAACUGUGAGAAAGACAAACUCUACUAGUGAGAACAGUAGAGUGCAUCCUUUACAGUGACACAUUAUCUCCCUUUUUGCAGUUUAAUGAAGUCCAUUUCAUCCAUGAGAGAGAGAGAGAGAGAGAGAGAGAGAGAGAGUGAGAUGACUGCAAUGGAUUAUAGCUGAUGCACCACAAUGAUUUUUUUUUUUUUUUUUUUUUUACGAUCAACUCAAAUCAAGUCCUGAGCAUAAGAAGGCUAAGCAUUUACUAUAUGGUUUAUAAUGCUAUAUGACGAUUUUAAAGAUUCAGCAUGCUUGCAUAAUGUGGAAUAUCGAUUUACUCUCAGCCGGAGGAAGUGCCUCUAAGCCUCCAUCCGCUCACAGAAUAUUUCUUUUUAACCGUCGGCAACUCCCGACGCAGCGAGGAGUCACUGACGGCGGGUUUACUCUUUCUAGUAGUUUGACUCAGCAGGACCGCUCUACCCAUUUCACUUCUCUCUCUUUCUCUCGAUUAAAUAAGCCGUUUUUACAGACCAACAAUGCAGGAUUGAGUAUAAAACACUGGGGAAAAAGCUUUCUUCUGCCUCUGACAGUAGCAACAAUGUGCUGCUAAAAAUGAACCUGUAUAUAAAGGAUUGCCAAAACAUGGCGCCGCCCAUUUCCUACAAUAAAGCACGGUUAGUUAUGCCUUAAAGGUGCCCUAGAUAGUGGAGAGAACCAUACAGGGUCCUAAUUGCAGCAAUUCCUUAUCAAGGCUUGAAUCUCAUUGUAACAUACUGUACAUCAGCACAUCUCUUUCGCUUUAAUGUGCCACAUUUUUCCUCUUUGGCUGCCAAACAAAAAAGGCCUCUGAAUGUAUUUGUUCCUGUUGAGCUUCAUUUCCAGACGAAGGCUUUUGUAUAAAUGAGUGCAGUUUCAUAGCCAUGCAUCCUGUUUGUAAAAGCCCCGAGGUCAUAACCAGGACUGAUCAGCGAUCAGCAGCUACGUCUCUCAGCUGCUCUGCUAUGCUUCCUUUAAAAAUCAAGAUCAUGAAAACAGCAUUUCCUUCACGCUCCAACAGUUACAUUGCGAAGGCUAUCAGGUUGCAGCCACCGGCGCUAGACGUCUGGAUAAGAGAGAGAACAUUUCCUCGGGUUUGACUUUUGAACAUCGCGAUGUUAUUUCAGAAUAAGGAAGUCGUGUGGUGGUGUAUGGUGUAAAGCUUGUAGUAGCCAGAGUUGAGUAGUGAGACGCGAGUUAACAGCGACUAAUGGAACGCUCUGUCUAACGAUUUAAACUAUUGAUUGAGACGUUAAACCCGAUCAGAGCAGUGAUGUGAUAUUUUUUAUUAUAAUUUUUUUAGUUCCUCAUCAGAUUAGAUUUGCUUCUCACCCACUUCAAGCUUUGUUCUUGCACUGGUCCUUCUCUCCCGCCCUGCUUCAUCUCCUCACCGGAGCUCACCCCUCUUUCGGACUCACAAACAAAGUGGCCUUUUGAUAGGAUUGCAGAGGGUGGGACAGUUUCUUUUCCUUUUUCUUUCUUUCUUUUUUUUUUUUUUUAUGAUGACUUUUUUUUUUUUUUAAUGAUUUUUUUUUUCCUUCAGUGAAUAAUCCUUUGUGGAUCAUGUAAUGUGUGCAAUUUAUUUAUACUUUGUUUAAAAACAAAAAAAUCCUGAGAUUAUUUUCAUUGUUCAGUAAUGAUGUUAACUUGCGAUCUGUUCUUGUGAAAAUGUUUUAUAAAAGCCAGUAUUAACAUUAAUGCUGUGUGUUUUGGUGCGUGAGUGAUCCGAGACCGAGGGUUCGGAUAAAAAAAAAAAAAAAAAACCUAGAGAAGUGACCAAAAUUUUGAUCGA